GUGCUUAUCUCUCGGUGGACGAGGGGGGGCACAGAGGAUGAGGGGGGAGGAGAGCAGCGCUCAUUGUUACCAGCCCGACGAGGAGCGCCGGAGACCCCGUCGCUGCACGUGAAUUCUCGCCAUUCAGAUUGAACAUUCGGCGGCCGUGGUCAUCGAGGUCCUCUCGUAUGCGUCCUGGCUGACGUGGAGGCAGGAGAAGGAGGCGAGGCGUCUUAAGGGACCGCGGCGUCCUGCCGGGCCAUGGAGGUCUGCUGACCGGAUUCCCCGCGCCGAUGGAUGCAGCCAGUGGCUAACCGGGCCAGCCCCGUCUCCCCCGCCGGGCGACCCGCCUCAGGCUGUUCCCUCUCCUGCCGUACGGACCCGCCAUGCGUCUCCUGUGGCUGCUGUCGGUGUCCAUGGUGACGGCGUGCGUCGCCAUCCCCAUGGACGCGGCGGAGGAGAGCCACAGUCUGUUCACUUGUGAGCCCAUAACCCUUCGCAUGUGCCAGGGGCUUCCCUACAACUCCACCUACAUGCCCAACAUACUGAACCACUACGACCAGCAGACCGCGGCCCUCGCCAUGGAGCCCUUCCAUCCCAUGGUGAACCUCCACUGCUCCCCGGGCCUGCGGAUGUUCCUGUGCGCGCUCUACGCCCCCGUGUGCACCGAGUACGGCCGGAUGACGCUGCCCUGCCGCCGCCUCUGCCUGCAGGCCAGGAGCGACUGCUACAAGCUCAUGGACAUGUUUGGCGUCAGCUGGCCGCAGGAAAUGGACUGCAGCAGGUUCCCGGACUGCGACCAGCCGUACCCCCGCCCCGAGGACCUGCUGUCCGCCUCGGACACGACGGAGUCGCCCGUCUCCAUCCAGCGGGACUACGGCUUCUGGUGUCCCAGGGAACUCAAGAUCGACCCCGAGCUGGGCUACUCCUUCAUGGGGGUCCGCGACUGCUCCCCCCCGUGCGCCAACAUGUACUUCACGCGCGAGGAGCUGACCUUCGCCCGCUACCUCAUCGGCGUGGUGUCCAUCGUCUGCCUGUCCGCCACCCUCUUCACCUUCCUGACGUUCCUCAUCGACGUGUCGCGCUUCCGCUACCCGGAGCGUCCCAUCAUCUUCUACGCCGUGUGCUACAUGAUGGUGUCCCUGGCGUUCUUCCUCGGCUUCCUGCUGGAGGACAGAGUGUCCUGCAACGCGGCGAGUCCCGGGAGGUUCAGGGCUUCCACCGUGACCCAGGGCUCCCAUAACAAGGCCUGCACGCUGCUCUUCAUGGUGCUCUACUUCUUCACCAUGGCCGGCAGCGUCUGGUGGGUCAUUCUGACCAUCACCUGGUUCCUGGCGGCUGUUCCCAAGUGGGGCAGCGAGGCCAUCGAGAAGAAGGCCCUCCUGUUCCACGCCUGCGCUUGGGGCGUCCCCGGCGUCCUCACCGUCGCCCUGCUCGCCAUGAACAAGAUCGAGGGGGACAGCGUGAGCGGCGUCUGCUUCGUGGGGCUGUACAACCUGACGGCGCUGCGCUGGUUCCUGCUGGCGCCGCUGGGAUUGGACGUGGUGGUCGGCGUGGCGCUGCUGCUGGCAGGCAUAGCCGCACUCAACCGCGUCCGCAUGGAGAUCCCGCUGGAGAAGGAGAACCAGGAGAAACUGGUCAAGUUCAUGAUCCGCAUCGCCGUGUUCUCCGUGCUGUACCUGGUCCCCCUGCUGGCCGUCCUGGGCUGCUUCCUCUACGAGAGCAGCCGCCGCGCCGUCUGGGAGACCACCUGGGUCCAGGAGAAGUGUCGGGAUUACCACAUCCCCUGCCCCUACCAGGUGGAGCGAACCAGCCGCCCGGACUUGGCCGUGUUCCUGAUCAAGUACGUGAUGAUGCUGAUCGUGGGGAUCCCCUCCGUGUUCUGGGUGGGCAGCAAGAAGACCUGCUUCGAGUGGGCCGGCUUCUUCCACGGCAAGAGACGCAAAGACGCGAUGGUCCACGAGAGCCGGCAGGUGCUCCAGGAGCCCGACUUCGCCCAGCUGCUGCUCAGGGACCCCAACGCGGCCAUCGUGAGGAAGUCGCAGGGCACGUCCACCCAGGGGACGUCCACCCACGCCUCCUCCACCCACUUGGCCAUGUUGGACGAGCCGCCCAGCGGCAGCACCAGCCGGGCCGGCUCGGUCCGCAGCUCCAAGAUGAGCAGCUACCACGGCAGCCUGCACCGCUCCCGGGACGGCCGGUACGCGGCCUCCGGCUUCCGGGCCCCAGAUGAGCGGCUGCCCUACGGCAGCAUGUCGCGCCUCUACGACCAACAGUCCAGACACUGCAGCACCAACCGGCUGGACAGCCAAUCACGGCACGGCUCCACCCAACGGCUGGACUCGCGGCACGGCAGCGCCAGGGACCUCACCAGCACCACCCAAGCGGUGUAUGGUGUCGCUGGAAACGGGAUUCACCGAGUCCUGGAGGAGGAUCGGUGUUCGGCUUCGGAAGGAUUUCUCUCUUAGGAAGUGAGAGAAUGCGUGAAGGGUCCACAGUGAGCGGGACAGGAAGCAAAGGACGGUGUCCUCUGAGGACGUUAGCUACAAUAGCGCUACAUGCAGCCAAGUGAAGCGCACGGAUCGAUGGCUUAAAAUGUCCUCUCAACUUUACUCUUCCCUCUUUUCCAAAAACUGAGGGGCAAAAACAAUCUUUGUCCAAACCACGACGGGUCCAGUGGUCCUGACGGGUCCCCGACACUGGAAAAAGUCUACGAGGCUCCCGACUGUUGGGCCUGCUUUACUGAGCCGGUUGGGACCAUAAGGGACCAUCUCUGCUGGACUGAUGCGACUUGUUUGUAGAAAGGACGGAUGUGAGAAACUGCAGGCGCCUUCUCUUCUAGACGCCUUGUUCUUCUUAAGAUUUACUGGCUACAUGUGACAGUUUGUUGCACCUCUUAAUAACUGUGGUAACGUUACCUGCUGGAGACAUUUUUAUAAAGGCUGUUCAUUCACA